AUGGCAAACAUUCAGAAGUAUACUGAGCGCAGCAAUGUGCAAAGCAAUCCAACUGAUUGGAUCGCAAAGCUGCCCGAUCCGAAAACCCACAUUCGCCUGCUCACGAUCCUCUCAGGUCGACAGACAGAGGAACUUCGUUGUACCUGCAGCACUAUCAGACUUGAUGACAGGCCAAAGUACAACGCCCUGUCGUAUGUCUGGGGCAACCGUGAGGCAAAGGCUCAAGUAAUUGUGAACGGCGUUCAAGUUACCAUCAACAAGAGUCUGGCAGGAGCUUUGAGACGUAUCCGCCAUGAUCGAGAGCCAAUUGUUAUCUGGGCAGAUGCUCUUUGUAUCAACCAAAAUGACGAAGACGAAAAGAAGUAUCAGAUCGAUCUCAUGCAUCGCAUCUAUGGCGAGUGCGAGAAUUGUUUGGUCUGGAUGGGAGACAUAGUAGUGAAAGGGGAUAGCAGCGUCGCAGCGGAACUGGCUGCAAGAGCGGCCUUGAACGCUUUGCGCAUCAUCGCAAGGCAGCCACACGACGAGGAUCUCGGUUGGCCUGGACAGAACCCAAUUGCUACAAGCGUUGCUGGCAAUGGUCUCACCGCCGGGGCAGCAUUACAAUCGAUGAUGGACUGCGAAUGGUGGCAGCGUAUCUGGACAGUCCAGGAAGUCUGUCUGCCUCCGAAAGCCACGGUUCUCUGGGGACCACUCGAGAUCAGCUUCCAAGCAAUCAUGGACGCAGCGAGCCACAUGGUGCAACCAGAUGAGCACCCGCAACGCAACAACAUUUUCGAUCUGUUCCAAGAGGGCACCGCUAUGUACCCAAGGCUUCAUACAAGUCCAUACACGAUACCCGUCCUCAGCAUUGCUCACGCCAGACUCUGGAACCAGUCCAGAACCGACUCCCUGUAUAGACUAUGGCGGUUCCGAGACAGGAGGUCCACAUAUCCGAAAGACAAGCUGUUUGGCAUCUGGGCGCUUCUCAACAAGACAUAUUUGCCUGAUAUCAGGCCAACGGAUUACGUCCUCGAUAUUGUGGUUUUAUUCUCAAGACUCAUGGUCAGUUUACUGAGAUCUCUUGAUAGCCUCAAGCCUCUUAUUGGCUGGAGAGGGGAAAGAGAGACGGCCGGUCUGCCUACCUGGGUCCUGGAUUUGGCCCAGCCGGAGGACUCUAAUUGCACCAGCGAUUUCUGGACACAUGACAUUGCCUGGAGGCAAUUUCAUGCCAGUAGUGGACUACCACGAUUCAAGCCACCAGUCAAGCAAGCAGAAGAUCUCACAUUGCUCACUUUGGACGGCAUUCGCGUUGACAAAGUGGCUACGAUCUUGAUGGACCUGAGGCACACGCGACGGUCCCUUUGGAGACAGGGAUUUGAAGACGCUAUCAAGGACCAAGCCGGUAAAGACGAUAUCAUGUAUCAAUAUAACAACCUUAUCCAGGGCAAAUUUGGCGAGAAUCGUGAGCGCGUCACGGACGAGUCUUGGCACGGGGGUCCGUGGUGGGAGGACAGGAUGCUCUGUUACCAAGUUCUUUUCAUCACGCAGGAGAAUCGGCUUGGCCUUGGUCCGCCUAAUUUGAAGCCAGAAGACAAUGUUUGGAUUCUUUCGGGCGGGAACCAUCCCUUCUUACUCCGUCAAGUCUCAAAGAGAAGGGGUAAUGCGGACUUAUGGGAAUUCGUCGGGGAUUGCUUCGUUUACGGCAUCAUUGAGAGUUGGAAUGAACAUGUCGUGAACCAGACAGGAGACGGCAUCAUCUUGCGACUCUACGGACUCAUCCAGAACAUACUGACUACUCUGGUACCCUCAUCGGUGCUGACGUCAACUAUCAUGGCCUCCUCAAAGCGCUGGCCGGCGCCCAUCCACGUCUUCUCCUACCGCGCCCUACUCGUGGUGCCCAUCAUCCUCGCCAUCGCGACCUUCGCGGCGCUCUUCAUCCACUCCGAUGUCAACGUCGCCCUCCUCUACUCACAAUGCGAUGCCCGGGCUCGCCUGCCGGCUGUCAGCAAAGUCCCCGUUCUCGGCCCGCCCGUCUGCUUCGCCAUAAGCUUCUUCCAGAGCGCGCUCGAUUCCAUGCGGACCUUUGCCAGCAUGUCCGCCAUCCUCUCCUUCAUCGCAGGCCUCAUGACCGUUACCACCAUCGAGGCCGCACGCGUCUGUAACGCGCCCAACGUCGUUAUUGCGAACCCCACUGGCCCAUGGCUAGUUUUCAACCUCAUCGGUGGAGCUGUAGUCUGGCAGCUUGUCAUCCUACCCGCCUUUUUCCACCGCUCGCGAUCUAUCCUGCUCGCUCGGAAGAGGGCCGGACAGGAGGCCGUCGAGAGCGCCGCAUCCAAGGAUCCCGACUUUGGCAAGGACUCGCGCCAUCUCGUUGUCGAUGCGGAAAUUAUCGCCAUCCCCGUCAGUGUCGCGUGGGGCUUCAUUCUGCCCUCCCUGCUGAUGCUCAUCUACAACUCCCCGGUCAUCAUCGUUGUCUGGCUCUUCUUUCCCGUCUGGGUGUCACUGAUCCGCCAAGCCGUCAGAUGGGCCGUCUUGCGUGUUCAGAAGCGCCAGCACCGCAGCUUCCACCUCGAGUCUCACACGGUCUCGCUUCUGCUCGUCUACCUCAUCCCCAUUCUUUGCUCCGCAGUCUCUCACGUCUACUUCAUCUGGAGCCUGUUUCAGUGGGACGACAGGAAGGAGAUGACACGUGCUACAGUCAAAUUCGUUGAAAUUGACAUGUUCUUCAUCGGCUUGACUGUCCUGUAUUGGCUCUUCGUUGAGACUGGCUGGAAGGUCCCCUUGGUCGCAGUCCUUGGCGCCAUCCCACUCGGACCGGGUGCCGGUAUUUGUAUCGCAUGGAUAUACCGAGAUACCGAGAUUCGUGAGAGUCUGAAGCAGUGGCUUUCUGAUGUCGUUGGAAGUCAAGAAGAGGCUAACGAAGAGGGCAGAGCUUCGGCUAGCGAGGAGACACCACUAUUGCAUUGA